AUGAAUAAGAAACGAAUUUCAAAUUCACGUUUACAACAAGAAUAUUUGCGUUUAAAAAAAGAUCCCGUACCAUAUAUUUAUGCUGAACCAUUACCAUCGAAUAUAUUAGAAUGGCAUUAUGUUAUUAAAGGUCCAGAAGAUUCUCCAUAUUUUUGUGGAUAUUAUCAUGGGAAGUUAUUAUUUUCAAAUGAAUAUCCAUUCAAACCCCCCUCAAUUUAUAUGUUUACGCCAAAUGGAAGAUUUAAAACUAAUACAAAAUUAUGCCUUAGUAUAUCAGAUUUUCAUUCUGAUACGUGGAAUCCAUCAUGGUCUGUUGCAACCAUAUUAAUAGGAUUACUUAAUUUCAUGCUUGAUUCAAUUCCAACUUUAGGAUCAAUCACAUCAUCGCUAUAUGAAAAGAAAAUGUACGCCAAAAAUUCAUUAAAAUUCAACUUAAAAAAUUCAAAUUUUCGUGAAUUAUUUCCUAAUCUUGUUGAUGAAAUGAAAGAAUUAGUAUUAAAGGAACAACCAAUACAAAAUAAUUUUAAUAAUAAAAUCAAUUUUGAAUUCUGUAAUUAUUGUCAAUCUAUAUGUUCUAAUUUAAUUAUAAUAGUUGGUUCUAUAAUUUUUGCUCUAAUUGUAAAUUAUAUUUUAAAAAAUUUAAAUCGGGAAUAA